ACAUCUUCUCCUAACCCAGCCUGCUUGGUCAACUUCUACACACUUCUGCAUCAUGAGGUCCCUUAUUCUGCUCUGUGUUUUCGCUCCUCUUGUAAUGAGCGAUGCUGUCGAUGUAACGACCAUUUGCCUGCCUAAACAGAUCUCUGGUAAAGCCUUCAACCUGGUUAACGAUCCACUGUAAGCGGAACAAGACUGACCCUCUUUGCUAACCCCUCACUGAGCAUCCCAGACGCAACCAUCUUCAACAUCCCUGCAGCCUGCUAAUUUGAAAGAUUAUUUUUUUCAUAAAUCAUGUUUGGGCAACAUUCUGCCUCCAAAUAAAAUGAACAUGUUAAAAUA